CGUACACCCGUGCGCUCCUGUUGCAUCGCAGUCGGCUUCCCGCGCAACUGUCAGCUCCCACCCGUACAGCUACCCAGCUCGCGCCAACGACCCGUGUUCAUGCCCCUGGCUCGGCAGCUUCCCAGCCGGCCCGCCGUACAACUGCCAUCAGCUCCCACUCGCCGCAACUACCGACACCCAACCGCAGCUCCUACCUGCUACAACUGCGGGUGUCAGGAGAUGGCCAUCAAGCGGCUUGGGGGGCUGAAGGAGGGGCAGCGGCCCUGGUCGGUCAAAGUCUGCAACGACUGCUUGACGACCUGGAACCGCGACGUCUCCGCCGCCAACGUGAUCCGUGUGCUCCUCCUGCUGAAGCUGAUGGGCUUCGAGCGGCCGACCAAGCUGCAGCGGCCGCCAUGGCCGCCGGCGGCGGCGGGGCCGGGCUGAGAGCCUGAACGGCGCUAGCAGGGCGUGGGGCUGAGGGUGCACGUGUCGAUUGGCGGCGAGUGACGUGACUAGUUUGUUAGCUGCGGGUUAGCACGGACUGUGCACCCCACCCAACCGGCCACGUCCGGAUUUGCGGGGAUGCCAAAGGCCCCCAACAUAGAGGCGUGUGCUUAGUAGGCGCCCGCGUCAAGGUGGCUGGGUUGAUAACGACCCGGGAGGGGAGGGCUCAGCCCUUUUCCUGCCUCCCUA